CAGAUGUCCUCAAGAUGGCUGCGGUGGCGGCUGCACGGGCAGUAUCUGUGGGCCCUGGGCUCCCGGGCUUGAAACGGACAUUGCCUCUUGUAGUGAUUCUUGGUGCCACGGGUACCGGCAAAUCCACACUGGCGCUGCAGCUAGGCCAGCGGCUUGGUGGCGAGAUCGUCAGCGCUGACUCCAUGCAGGUUUAUGAAGGCCUAGACAUCAUCACCAACAAGGUUUCUGCCCAAGAGCAGAGAAUGUGCCAGCACCACAUGAUCAGCUUUGUGGAUCCUCUUGUGACAAAUUACACAGUGGUGGACUUCAGGAACAAGGCAACUGCUCUGAUUGAAGAUAUAUUUGCCCGAGACAAAAUCCCUAUUGUCGUGGGAGGAACCAAUUAUUACAUUGAAUCUCUGCUCUGGAAAGUUCUCGUUAGUGCUAAGCCCCAGGAGAUGGGCACUGAGAAAGUGAUUGACCGGAAAGCAGAGCUUGAAAAGGAGGAUGGCUAUGCACUCCACAAACGCCUAAGUGAGGUGGACCCAGAAAUGGCUGCCAAGCUGCACCCACAUGACAAGCGCAAAGUGGCCAGGAGCUUGCAAGUGUUUGAAGAAACGGGACUCUCUCAUAGUGAAUUUCUUCAGCGUCAACAUGCAGAGGAAGGUGGUGGUCCCCUUGGAGGCCCUCUGAAGUUCCCUAACCCUUGCAUCCUCUGGCUUCAUGCUGACCAGACAGUUCUAGAUGAGCGCUUGGAUAAGAGGGUGGAUGACAUGCUUGCUGCUGGGCUCUUGGAUGAACUAAGAGAUUUUCACAGACGCUAUAAUCAGAAGAAAGUUGCAGAAAAUAGCCAGGACUAUCAACAUGGUAUCUUCCAAUCAAUUGGCUUCAAGGAAUUUCACGAGUACCUGAUCACGGAGGGAAAAUGCACACCAGAGACUAGCAACCAGCUUCUACAGAAAGGUAUUGAAGCCCUGAAACAAGUGACUAAGAGAUAUGCCCGGAAGCAAAACCGAUGGGUUAAAAACCGUUUUUUGAGCAGACCUGGUCCCGGUGUCCCCCCAGUAUAUGGCUUAGAAGUAUCUGAUGUCUCGAAGUGGGAGGAGUCUGUUCUUGAACGUGCUCUUGAAAUUGUGCAAAGUUUCAUCCAGGGCCAAGAGCCUGCUGCUGCUCCAAUAAAGAUACCAUACAAUGAAACUGAGAACAAGAGAAGUUAUCACAUGUGUGACCUCUGUGAUCGAAUCAUCAUUGGGGACCGCGAAUGGGCAGCACAUAUAAAAUCCAAAUCCCACUUGCACCAAUGGAAGAAAAGAAGAAGAUUGGACUCAGAUGCCAUCACCACCAUAGAAAGUCAGAGUAUUUCCCCAGACCAUGACAAAGAGCUGAAAGAGAAGGGAUCCCCAGGGCAGAAUGAUGAAGAACUGAAAUCCAGUGUUUAAGAGACAUGUCCAGUGGCCUUUGCAAAGGUGGCAGGGAUCCAGUUCAGGAGGGAGGUCACGUCUGUGUCCCAGUCUGGGCCGAGGAGUGCUCUGCAGAAAACUCCCACCAUUUCAUUCAGUGGUGUGGUUUUAAAGUCUCAUGUUCUGUGUCAUGGAAACAGCAGGUCUUGUCAGCUCCUUGUGUGGCUGAUGUGUCUGGCAAUGAUGAGUUCAGGAAGGGAUUUUUUUUUUCUUUUAACCUUAAAGGUUCUAUUUUUAAAAAGGCACAGAUUGCACUUUUUUACACUUAAGGAUCUUUUUGGUGAUGAAUACCAGGAUUCACUAUGUCCCUUAAAAAAGAAGUUUUAUGUCCCUGAUUCUGGCUAAAAAUAUUGAAUUUCCAGGCACUUUUAUAGAUGACUGAAAUAUUGUGAGCCACAAAUCAGGAGUUCCAGGUUUGUAUGAAUGGCAGGAAAAGGCUGGUCCCAGUGAGAUGAUUAAGUGAACCAAACCACAUCUUGGAAUUCCAGAGAACGAGAGAAUGAGACCGAGGUGGUCAUGGCAUGGGGCAUUUGUUGAUUUCUCCUGUGUGAUAAUUGCUAUCACUGCUGUCUUUCUAUUGAGUUAGGAAUCUAUACUUUUAAUGAAAGUUAAAUAAAAAGAGUUUACAAGAGCCUCUUUAGUUCUUAAAAA